AUGGCAAUCACUGCAACUGAUGCUGAUGAACCGGGGAAUGAAAACUCUCAGAUUGCCUACAGCAUCAUAGAUCAGAAUCCACCCAGUAACAUGUUUUACAUUACCAAUGAUGGGACCAUCUUUGUUAACAAGCCUUACCUGGAUCGAGAGAAAGUGGAUCAUUACACUCUGACAGUGAAGGGUCAAGACCGAAAUGGCGAAUCAGGGGGAAAUAGUGCAACUAGCACUGUUACCAUUAAUGUGCGAGACGUGAAUGACAAUCUUCCAACUCUGAAAAAAGAGGAGUAUGAGGGCAGCAUUAUGGAGAACACAGAAGGCGUGGAGGUGAUGAGAAUCAAAACAGAGGACCUAGACCUGGAAGGCACAGACAAUUGGGAAGCUGUGUUUGAUCUUGUUAAAGGCAAUGAGGCUGGAUACUUCAGCAUUAGAACUGACCCCAACACCAAUGAAGGCAUCCUAAUGCUUGACAAGGCAGUGGAUUAUGAAAAUGUGAAGGACCUUGACCUGGGACUAGUUGUUAGGAACAAGGCUCAAUUCUUUGAUGGAUCAAUGGUGACUAAAUUUAAAACUUAUCCAAUCAAAAUCAAUGUGAAGAAUGAGCCGGAGGGGCCACAUUUUCACCCUAAAGUCAAAGCUAUCCCAAUCUCAGAGGGAGGCCACUCCAUUAACAUUAAAGAUGUUAUUGCCCACUACUUUGCAUUAGAUGAAGACACUGGGAAACGAGCUGAGAAUGUCAGGUAUGCCAAAGGCUCAGACCCUGACAACUGGCUUAACAUCGACCCCAAAACAGCUGAGAUCAAACUAAACAAGAUACCUGACAGAGAAUCUCCAUUCUUGGUCAAUGGGACAUACUUUGCUAAAGUGCUCUGCAUUACAGAUGACAUGCCAAGUAAAACAGCCACUGGCACUGUAGCCAUCCAGGUGGAAGAUUUUAAUGACCACUGUCCCACCCUGACCAGUAAUAUCCAAACUAUGUGUACCACGGAUGAUGCUGUCAUUGUGAAUGCUAAAGAUGAGGAUGCAUUCCCUAAUGGACCUCCUUUUGACUUCAGUAUUGUCCCAGAAGGCACUAAUGGCAAGUGGCAGGUGGAGCAUCUCAAUGAUACUGCAGCUAUCAUAAGGGUUCAGGAGUCCUUGUGGCCUGGUUUCUAUGAAGUGGAAUUUGUAGUGAAGGAUGAACAGGGUGAGGCCUGUCCAGAACCACAGAUGAUGAAGGUUCAAGUUUGUACCUGUGAGGAUGGAGGGGUGUGUGGAAAACCCAGUGCCAAUGGAGGAGCAGAGUUGGGGCCUGCAGGCAUCGGACUGCUGUUCUUGGGCCUGCUGCUGUUAGCAC